AUGUGUCUACAGGAUGUUUCCAGGCGGUUUCUAACAUGUUGCAUCGUCUGGCGGCACACGGCGCGGCUCAGUCAGUGUGACCACGGUUUAUGCAGACCUUCAGUGUGGCCAAGGUGUAUAUAUAGACCUUCAGUGUGGCCACGGUUUAUGCAGACCGUCAGUGUGGCCAAGGUUUAUAUAGACCUUCAGUGUGGCCAAGGUUUAUAUAGACCUUCAGUGUGGCCACAGUUUAUACAGACCGUCAGUGUGGCCAAGGUUUAUACAGACCUUCAGUGUGGCCACGGUUUAUACAGACCUUCAGUGUGGCCAAGGUUUAUACAGACCUUCAGUGUGGCCAAGGUUUAUACAGACCUUCAGUGUGGCCAAGGUUUAUAUAGACCUUCAACCGUCAGUGUGGCCAAGGUUUAUACAGACCUUCAGUGUGGCCAAGGUUUAUAUAGACCUUCAGUGUGGCCAAGGUUUAUACAGACCUUCAGUGUGGCCAAGUUUUAUAUAGACCUUCAGUGUGGCCAAGGUUUAUACAGACCUUCAGUGUGGCCAAGAUUUAUACAGACCUUCAGUGUGGCCAAGGUUUAUACAGACCUUCAGUGUGGCCAAGGUUUAUAUAGACCUUCAGUGUGGCCAAGGUUUAUACAGACCUUCAGUGUGGCCAAGGUUUAUAUAGACCUUCAGUGUGGCCAAGGUUUAUACAGACCUUCAGUGUGGCCAAGGUUUAUACAGACCUUCAGUGUGGCCAAGGUUUAUACAGACCUUCAGUGUGGCCAAGGUUUAUACAGACCUUCAGCUGAACUGUCGAGACUCUUAGAGCAGCAGGAGACCCUACAGGAGUAUUUAAAGAUAUUGGUACCUGUGCAGAAGGAAGAAGCUAUGUGUCUUCAAGGCCCAGACACUUCCACUUUUACUAUACGAUAG